AUGGCUAGCGAAAUGCCUUCCUGGGAGCAGUCCGUACCACUACAGCCACGGCGCGAAACGGAGCAGAAGCAAAAAUUGCGAUCUGCCUGUGAUUCAUGCCAUCAAUGUAAAGUCAAAUGCUCCGGAGGGUCUCCCUGCUUCCGCUGUGCAUCUAAAGGCCUUUCCUGUCGAUAUGGGUACCAAAAUAGGGCAGGAAAACCCAAAGGAUGCAAGAAUCGCAAAACUAUCGAAAGGGCCCAUCGUCAGCAGCGGAUAGAAUGGUAUUCGGUUCAAAAUCAGCAGCCUAGCACUGAAGGAUUUGAGGACGCAAAUCUUAGCAUGCCUGACUUUCUAACAAACUUGCCGGCCUCAUCUAUAUCCCAUGGACAGUGGGAUCCGACAUCUAUGACCGACCCAUCACUCUCCCCACUGCUAAUAAACAGCAACCCAGGAUUCAAGUCUACGGGUAUAAACGACGAUGGUCUACCAACCUUGCACGAUUUGGACACAUGGACUGUGGACCUAAGGUCUAUGAUGGACGUAUCCAGUGGAAGCAGAUCCGGGAGCCUAGAAGGCCUGGCCACACCUAUAUCAUUUGACAAAGCAGAGUCCGUGACAGAUAACGGAACAGAGCCUACUUGCCCCGCGACACCUGAGCUUCAAAUACGCCAUUCUCCAGACCGUGGACUAUCAAGAGAAAUAUGUACUUGUGUCCAGAGCCAAGCAGCAAACAUAGCAGCACUACACAAGCUGAUAAAUCGUGAUAUUUCGGAUCGAUUUGACUUAGCCAUGAAGUCGGUAACAUCGACAUUAGACACCUGUGAGCGUUUCAUCACCUGCGGUGUAUGUGAGAAAUCAUUUCCCUUGAUUCUACUCACAUUCUCGGCGAUAGAGCUUAUUUUCAAAUUGUUCGAGUUGCUUGCAGUGGCAAACAGUGGCUUAUUGCCUCCCGGGGAGACCCACAUGCUUUCAUACCGUCUUGGUGAUUAUAAAGUUAGCAAGGAAGAAGGGAAAGCUAUCCAAAAUGUUCUCCUGAAAAUGAUCCUGUCAAAGGGCAAACAAACUCUAGACGGGCUGCAUAACCUCGUUAAUGGCCCCCUAGAGCCCGACCAUGGGAUACCCGGACAAAGUAACGGGUCCAAUUUGGAGAUAUCUGAUGCCGUAACCCCGAAUAUUCACCGGUGCUUGUCAACUGUGGACCAAGAUUAUAUGAGCCAAUGCAUAAAUCGCAAAAAGGAAGAGGUAGAAGCCCUUAUGAUCACAGUGGCUGUAUAA